AUACUGCAUGAACUUUUGUCAAACAUGGAGACAGUCUUAACUUUUUACAAUGAGGCAGUUGAUUCAAUACGUCGCAUGGAUUUAACUUUAUUAUACGUUUUCUCAAGUGUUUACUUUGUAACAGCAAUACUUGUGUUUUUUAUUUUAUUUUAUGGGAUAACAGCGCCGUACGGUCGCUAUGCACGUGGUGGGUGGGGUAUAUUUGUAAAUGGAAAAUUUGCGUGGUUUGUACAGGAGAUUCCUUCGUUUGCUAUACCUGUGGUGUUUGUUCUAUAUGACCAGAAUGCACUGAAAUAUAAUGUGAUGCCAAAUAUGUUGUUUUUCAUGCUUUAUUCGAGUCAUUACUUUCAAAGAGCAUGUAUAUUUCCAUUCCUAAUAAAAGGCGGGAAACCAACACCUUUUAUACCGUUCCUGAUGGCACUGAUAUUUUGUUUAGUAAACGGCUACCUCCAGAGUGCCUACUUGCUUCAUCACGCAGAAUAUGGUCCUGACUGGUGGACGAAACCACAUAUCUAUAUAGGAUGUUUCAUGUUUGUAUUUGGUAUGGCCGUCAAUAUUCACUCCGAUCAUAUUCUAAGGAAUCUCAGAAAACCUGGAGAAACUGGUUACAAAAUACCUAAAGGUGGAAUGUUUAACUUUGUCUCUGGUGCGAACUUUUUCGGUGAGAUAUUAGAGUGGGCGGGGUUUGCUAUUGCUACAUGGUGUAUUCCAGCUCUAGCUUUCUCGUUCUUUACGUGCUGUAACAUUGGUCCACGUGCCUGGCAACAUCAUCAGUAUUACCUUCAAAAGUUUGAGGAUUAUCCGAAAGACAGAAAAGCUGUGAUACCAUUUAUUUUAUAGACAAUUUGUGAUAGUUAACAAGCUAACAACUCCUGCCUUCCUUGUACAGAUUGUUUCAAAUUAAUUAUUAUAGUAUUUUUAUUUUCUACUUCAAACGGGACAGUAGCUUUCAUUCAAUUCUACUCAAUUAAUCUGAAUCUGCA